GAAAAUUGCCAAGACUUUCCUAAAAGUAAAACUAGUAGUAUGUUGAUGUUUUAUCAAUUCGGAACACAUAAUAAAUUGAAACCAAGUCGUAAGGCACGUUGACACAUUCCUAAUACCAUGUCGUCCGUUCUAGCACAAAAGGUGUGGAGCACGCUUUGGUCGGCAGGAUCUAUAAGCCGCUUUCGGCUGCACGUAAGCCAAGUUUCCCACCAGGUGAACCAGGUAGCCAGCGAGGAGCAGCGCAUCUACGACGAGCCCUACGUGAUCUUCCAGAACUGGUUGAUGGCCGCCCAGCGAGAGGCACCCCAAGUGCGACCGCGACUGGCCUGCAUGGCCACCGUGGACAAGUCCGGCGAACCUGUGACCCGCCUGACCAGCAUCGAGGAGGUGAGCGCCAACGGAAUCACCUUCUUCACGACCCUGGGCAGUCGGCAGGCGGGCGAGAUCAGCGCCAAUCCGCACGUGUCGCUGCACUUCAACUGGGCGCCGCUCAUGCGCAGCGUGCGCAUAGCAGGAUCCGCCCGCCAGCUGACGGAGGAGCAGGCUCUGGACCAGUUCCGCCGAUACCCGCGACACGUGCAGUUGUGCAUCACCCACGGACCGCGCUAUGCGGCGGCCGACUGGCAGUCCCGAUCAGGAUUACUUGCCCGGGUCGUUCAGCGCCUAAACACCUGGCUGGGCAAGCAGCCAGAGGAAAUCCCCAUGCCACCCAAUUGGGGCGGAUACCUCCUGACGCCCAGUCUCUUCGAGUUCGGAAUGCUCAGCGGGCAAAGGGCCGGGAGGACUCGGGUGCGAUUCCGUCGCUGCCUCGAAAUGCCCAGGGGCACAAGGGUUGGCAACAUUCAAGCUGAGAGGCAGGAUUGGGUCUAUGAUUCGUGUGAGGAAAACUAGCAAGACAUUCCCCUACGGUCCACUUCGGCCUUAACUUUCUCACGAUAUUUUCACCGCGCAGCCCCUUAAUCAUAUUCAAGGCCAUCCCGUUAAGCGUGCAUUUCCACUCCUCGAUAAAUUUUAAGUCAAUAAAAUUAGUUGUAAAAUCUGCAA